AUGGCUCGUGGCCCUGGGAGCGUAGAUCGGCUUGUUCAGCAGCUACAGCUGGAUAAACUGCGUUGGAGUCUUUCAAGCAUACUACCAGUCUCAUCGACUGCGAGACAAAUCGGCAAGUACGGUAACAUGGAUACCAGCAAUGUCUUUUUUCGUGAUGGUCCAUUUGUCGGACGACUCUUCGAUAGAUUCGGACCUAAAUACCUGCUCUUGGCAGGAACCUUUCUCCAUGUAUUUGGCCUCAUGAUGGCCUCCGUGGCGAUGGAGCACUACCAAUCCAUGCUGUCGCAGGCAAUAUGUAGCCCUCUCGGCGAGAGCAUGACCCUCUACCCCUGCCUGAGCUGUGUCACAACACGGUUUCAAAAAAGAGACGCGUACCUGGCAAUGGGCAUAACUGUCGCUAUAUCUAGACUUGGUGGGGUUUUCAUGCCCAUCCUUGUGGAGUGGCUCAUACGCCUGGUCGGUGUUUGGGAAUACCUUGGCCAGGACACCGACCUGCCUUUCGUGCUUCUUAUUAGGGCAAGCUUUUGCUACUCAAUGGGAAUGCUUAUUCCGAUCACGUUUACGGUGAACUAUGAAGAGUAUGUGGGUCUGUCGAACUGCAUGGCGGGAUAUCUGGUCGCCAAUUUAAUGGGGGCAAGACUUGGAAACUUCAACAUCUCAAUAUCGGCAGCAUUUCUUUCCACUGUUCUUUUCUUCGCUCUCUGUCUGCCUGGCCACUCCGGUGCAACUGCAAUUGCAUCUUCCGCAGUCUUUGGAUUAAGCACCGGUACAUACACAGCCAUCAGCCCAGCGCCCGUAGCACAGAUUUCUAAUCUAGGGGAAAUUGGAACACGAUCCGGCCUGGUUUAUGCUUUCAUUUCCAUUGCACCUCUAACAGGUAGUCCGAUCGGAGGCGCGUUGAUUUCCCUUCCGCGGGAGGGAGUUAUUCGGAGCUACAGGUCUUCACUUAAGCGAUGCUGGCUGCUGGGACUUUCUUUUACGCUGUGGCUCGAAUUCACUUGGGGAAAGGUGGGCUAUGGGUCAAAUAUCUACCACGAGAGAACCCAUGGCAGUUUAGAACCGCAGAAAAUGGGUAUCAAGUAA